AUGACAAAUGAUGUUGUUGAUGAUUUGCCACAACGCAGCCCUCUUUUGAUACAAUGGACAAAGACACCUUGUUUCACUCAUAAGAGGCCCUUUCCUCAUCCACAAUCAAGGAUAAUCAACUAUGUGUAUCUGGGUAACCAGAAUUUAGGCUCAUUAAAUGAUGGAAUUUUAGGUCAAGCCCAAGCACCAGCUCCUGCAUCCUAUGAGCCUAUGGUUCCUCUGAUCUUGGCUGGAAAUCAAACCAAAAGACCUGAUAUUCUUCGAAGAUUCAGGAUUUAUCAUGAUGGAUGGGAUAUUUCAAAUAAGCAUUACUGGGCUCUUUCAGAUUUGGUGAAAGACUUUCGUAUAUGUCAUAGUCUAAUCUUUGGUGCAUCUGUUGCAUUUACUGGUGUUGUUGGUUUCGUCAUCUCACUCAUAUGGUUGAUCUCUUUCGAUAUAACACUUCUUAUUCACCAUUGUUUUGGAUGGAGGAUAAGCUUUAAAGGGAAAGGUUCAAAAUGGGGAUGUAUUUUUUUAUUGGUUGGCCAACUUGACCUUCAUAGUGAAGUCUUGCACACACUGCAUUAUGUUGUAAAUCAGUCGGACAACACAGCUCAAAUACUAAGAAAUGUUUCUGAUUACUUAUCAAUUGCAAAGGCUGUUGAUGUUCCUCAAUUCAAUCUGCCGCAGAGUACCAUGAAGGAGAUUGACGAUCUAAGUUCACGCUUGAGUUCCGGUGCUGAGACAUUAACCGAUAAAACCAAUGAAAAUUCUGUAAAAGUUCUGAAACUCUUCAGUACUAGAUCAGCAUUAAUUACUGUAGCUUCGGUAAUGCUUGUUUUGGCUGUUGUCGGUAUUGUGCUUUCUAUUCUUGGGUGCCAAAAUGUGAUUCACAUGUAA